AUGGAAAAGCUCGAUAUCAUCAAAGACAUCGCCGUUAAGAACAAAUCGGCGGAGGAGUGGCGAAGAUUCAAGGACCUCUUCGAAACCUACUUGAUAGCAACAGAAAAAUCAAACAAGGAAGAAUCGGUGAAAUUGGCUCUAUUGAAGGUUCUCGGAGGAAGGAUUGUGCUGGACGAAUACAACAACUCGUUCAGGGAAACGCCGCCAAGAACGCUUAAGGAAGCACUCGAAACGCUUGAGAAAAAAUUCAACGCGGGAGAGUCUGAGCAUUACCUAGCUCAUGUGUUCUGGACGAGAGCCCAGUUGCAGUCGGAAACAAUCGAUGAAUGGCUGAUUGACCUGAGAAAAAAAGCGCAGCCCUGCAAGUUCAAAGAGGAGGAUAGGAUGCUGAGAGACAAGAUCGUGGCUGGAGUCGCCUGCAGCUUAACCAGGCGGGAGCUACUCAAGCAGAAACAGUUGACGCUCCAGGAAACCAUAGAUAUUUGUCUCGCGAUGGAGAAUUCGGCUACCCAAUUGAGGAGCUUCCAAAUGGCGGGAGCGCCGAGAACAGAGCGGACGAUCGAGGAGGACGGUUCCGCCGCCCCCGAAGCAGACACAUUUGUGUUAACGGAGAGACGUCCACGAUUUAACGGACGCGGCGGCCCGAAGAGAUAUCAAAACAAUAACAGCUGGCAGAGUCGCAAUCAGGCGAGCCAGGGGUAUGGCCCCCAAAUCCGGUGUCGGCACUGCGCGAAGGGUCAUCGUCCGGGGGACGCGAAUUGCCCAGCCAGAGGGAAGCAGUGUGCGGUCUGCGGGAAGUUCAACCACUUUGCGGCGGUGUGCUCAAAACGCCAACAGAGAGUGGAGACGAUUGACGAUGAUCAGGCGAAUGCGGAGUCGACAGACGAAGAGCUGCAACUCAUAUAUGCGGUGCGCUCCGAACGGAGCCGAAUGAUCUACAUGAAAUGUGCGGUCCGGGAAAAUAACGGAAGAGUGACCCGAUUCCAGAUCGACAGUGGAGCGAGUUGCAACGUCGUACCGAUAUCGCAAGUCCCGCAAGCUCGACUCAAUACAACGAUCAGACCAACACUGCGAGUCUACGACAAAAAGACGUUACGCUCGCUGGGGAAGACGAAGAUAACGCUGACACAGCUGAAGACCGGCAAGAAACACGAGGUGGAGUUCGUAGUAGUUCGGGAGGAACUCCAGCCGAUCUUGGGGCGAUUCACGUCGGAAAAAUUGGGCAUCUUGAGCGUUGAUUACAGCCAGAUAGAUUCCGUGACAGAGCACAUGAGCGGAGCCGGAAAAGAGAGCGACAGCGAAAAGAAGAUCAGGCAACUCGUGCGACUAUAUCCGGGAGUGUUCGACGGGGAGCUGGGAAUGUUCCCGGGCGAGGUCAGGCUAGCGGUCAAGCCGCACGCCGUGCCAUCGUGCAACGUUUCGUGCUCGGUGCCACCCCAUCUGCGAAGCCAGCUGAAACAGAAGCUGGAGCAGCUGAUCAAACGUGAGGUCAUUGAAAGAGUCGAUCAUCCUACGCAAUGGGUGAAUCGCCUCUCGUUACAGGUGAAAAAAAAUGGCGAUCUCCGGAUAUGCCUCGACCCGAGAAAACUGAACGAAGUUCUAAUAAGGGAGGUGUUCCAUACGCCGGCGUUUGACGAAAUCCUUCCGAACCUGAGCAAGGUGAAGCUGUUUUCAAAGUUUGAUUUGUCCGAUGGGUUCUGGCAUUGCAAAAUGGACAAAGAGAGCAGCCAACUAACCACCUUCCAGACGCCGUUUGGCCGUUUUCGUUUCCUCAGGAUGCCAUUCGGGCUAAGUGUCGCGCCGGAAAUAUUUUACAAGAACCUGGUACACCUGCUGGAGGGCUUGGAGGGCACCCACGCCCUGGCGGACGACGUCCUGGUAUGCGGACGCGGAGAGACGCUAGAAGAGGCCGAACGAGACCAUGACAGAAACUUGAGCCGAUUCCUCCGACGCUGCCAAGAAAAGGGCAUCAAGCUAAACAAAGAGAAGACAACGCUGAAAACUCCGGACACAAAAUUCUUCGGGUUCAUCCUCACGGAACGCGGUCUUCAAAUCGACCCGGAGAAGCAGAAGCGACUAGCACACAUGAGAGCACCGAGAGACGUGGUAGGCCUCAAGAGUUUCCUCGGGAUGCUGGCUCACAUAUCAAGAUUCUUACCUGAUCUAGCACAAGUGCUUGGCCCGCUGCGGGAACUGUGCAGAUCGGGGCGAGAAUGGGAAUGGGGAGCUCCACAGAAGGACGCUUUCGAAAGGGCGACGACGAUGGUUAGCCGGAGCCCAAUCCUGGCGUUCUUUGAUGUGGAAAAAGAAGUAGAGAUAGAGUGUGAUGCCAGCAAGGACGGGCUGGGGGCGGCCCUGAUCCAGGAGGGCCGACCCGUGUACUUCGCCAGCAGAGCGAUGAGCCCGACAGAAACCAGGUAUGCACAGAUAGAGAAGGAACUUCUCGCCAUCAAGUACGCCGUUAAUCGGUUUCGAUACUUCAUAUAUCCGAAGUUGGUAACAGUGUAUACCGAUCACAGACCGCUCAUAAACAUUGUGAAGAAACCUCUGGACGACGUUCCCCUUCGACUCCAACGAAUGCUGCUGGAUAUUCAGCGAUACAACGCGAAACUUGUUUAUAGGCCCGGUCGCGAAAUGAAAUUCGCCGAUGCUCUUUCUCGAUGUCCAAUGGAGGCAAGUCCCCGGAUCCAAGAGGAAAUCAGGAUCGUGCGACUUCUGCCGAUGAGAGAUCUCACAGUCGAGCUCCUUCGCGAACAAGCGAGAGAGAGCGAAGAAUACAGACAACUCAUAGAAACCGUGCGCCAGGGAUGGCCAGAGUCGAAAAGGAAGUUAAAACCAGCAGUCGCUGAGCUCUACGCCUACAGGGCACGCCUGACAGUCGAAGAUGACCUAGUCCUAUGUGGAGACACGAUUGUGGUGCCUCGGAAUCUGAGGAAAGAGUUCAUCAGAAGAUCAUGUUAUGCGCAUAUGUCGGCGGCAGCUACGUGGCAGAGAGCGAGAUCGUGCAUCUUUUGGCCGCGUAUGAAGCAGGACAUCGAACAACACAUUCUACAGUGCCCUGGAUGCCAAACGUAUCCGAACGCCCCCAAGAAGGAGCCCAUGGUCCCUCACGAGAUCCCUACGAGACCGUGGCAAAAAGUGGGGCUCGACAUCGCAGCAUUAAAAAAUCAGAAAAUCCUCGUAGUGGUCGAUUACUACUCCAAUCUGGUAAUCGCCAUGCCAUUGCCAGACCGGCCCACAUCAACGAGCAUAGUACGCAGAAUCAAGCAGCUCUUCAUGAUGUUCGGACUCUGUGAAGUUAUGAUGACGGAUGCGGACCCGUUGUUCCGAUCAACGGAGUUUCUACAAUUUGUUCGAGAGUGGAACUUCCGUCAUGACAUGUCGUCACCACACUACCAUCAGAGUCACGGAAAGGCAGAGGCUGCAGUAGCCAUCAUAAAGCGCAUCAUCCGUCGGGCCGGGGCGGCAAAAGAAGAAUGGGAGCGGGGAGUGAUUGCAUACAACGACACGCCGCAGGAGAAACUAGGGGGAGCCACACCGAGUCAAAUGUUUCACUCACGCAGGUUCAAGACAGAUCUACCGGUCCGACCGCGCUUGUUGCAACCGGAGAUCAAAACACACCGAUACGCGAUCAGGGCAAGACGCCAGCACCUUGAAAGGAUGAAGAGAUCAUACGAUAGGGGGGCGAACGAGCUGAUGCCGCUGCGAUGCGGAGAGGCUGUGCGCGUUCGCCCAACCAGGCUGGGAGUGACGGAGUGGACCCAUGGUCGGGUUCUGAAGGCACUUCCACAUCGAAGGUACUUGGUCCAGCUGGACAAUGGCGUAACUUGUUAUCGUAACAGACGACACUUAGUUAAAGAAUCUCAGACGGAGCAACAAACAGAUGCGCCGAUUCAGUCGGAAAUGGUAGAGAGGAAGAAAGACAACAGUCAAUCACUUGUGACGUUCUGGGACUUGAUAGAGCCAGGAACGGAUUCACCCAACUCUCGGUCGGAGGGAGAAACCUUCAAGGCCCAACAGGACAGCGACCAGCAUGAUCCCCGAGUCGAGGAGACUUCCACGGAGGGAAGCUCGGAAGUAACAACGACCGCCGAACAGGAACCCAAGCGGCGACACGCGGAGACUGAAGAGCUAACGGCGAAUGAGGGCACAGAGGUGGCUGAAUCCGACGCGGGGAAAGGGCGACAACUCCGUGAUCGGAGUGCCCUGCAGAAACCGCAAAGAUACCAAGCGACAGGUUCCAAAGACUGCAUUCAAUCUUGA